CUUCUCCGAUAUUUAAACGAAAGUAAAAAUAUCACAUACAGGAAAAAUGACAUAAGACGCCCACGCCCAGUUAUGCCAGAGGAAAUACAGUGUGAUCCGGAAAUAUCGGAAGAAGUUCCUGCACUGCCAGUUAUGCCAGAGGAAAGAGAAUGUGAAAGACAAUCUGGUCCGGAAGAAGUGCUUGUUGGCCGUACAAGCACGCCUGAAGAUAUUGCACCAGAAGAGCUGGGGGCUGUGGGUGGUUCAGAACCCGCUCUCACUCUUUCAACUCAGUUGAAAGAGUCCGAAGAGCGGGUUAGGGCAGAAGAGCGUAUGAGAAGGCACUCUCUCUUAAUCGCUGAAUUAAGAGCAGAAGUGUCUUCUCUUACAGCUGAGAGGGACACACUCAUGCAGGCGCACGCUUUAAGAAACAACUUGCCAACAUUUCCUCUGCGAAAUGUUGGCGAGUUCGACAGGCUGGAGGCGCAUCUGCUUUUAUGUGAAGAAAUGAGGGAGAAAUUGAAACAAUCAUUUCUCCAAUUAGAAGCAGAUGACGCUAAAAGUUUUGUUCGGAAAGCGCUGCGGAGUGUGCUCCCAGAUGGUGUAGCCGGCCAUUUUACAUUGAGAGGGACACUCAUGAAAAGGGCUAUAGGGCAGAGUCUCUUUAUUAAAACAAUAAGAGAUGCGGUUAUGGAAAAAUUUCCAAAUACAGACCCGCAUAGUUUAAGUAAUUUUAUUAGCAAGCACUUUUGUUGCACAGUUAGUCAGAAACGUUGAUUUGUGUAACGUGCGUUUGUAUAGAAGCUGGUAUGUACGCAUUGUGUGGGCGUGGUGUGCAUGUUACUCAAGAAGAUUUUGAAAUGACUAUCGCUAAAGUUAUGCAGAUGAAUUCAAAGGAUUCAUGUC